AUGCGGCUCUCCAGACCAUCCCACAUCGAGUACUGCAGGGUGACCGCGGUGCGAAGUCAGAAGGGCACUGGCGAGCGCCUACAUGUAGUUCGCAGCUGCUCUUUGGCCGGGGAUGUCGAGAAACUGCAGUCACAAUCUGCGGAAUCGGCAUCCGUCUUUGUGCUUCCAGGUGCUUUGCAGCCGCGGGAAUGGCUCGGCUUUGGAGGGAGCUUCACGGAAGCUGCAGCAGAAACUUUUCGGCGGAUGAGUGCACCAAAGCAGUCGCAGAUCAUCCAUGCAUAUUUCGAUACUCGAAGCGGCCUCGGCUACUCCUUGGGUCGUGUUCCCAUCGGGUCUUGCGACUUCAGCCUUGAGCACUGGACUUGCGGAGAUAUUUCAGAGUCCCUACAAGAUCUACAAGGUUUCAGUCUCGCGCGGUAUGAAGUGGCCAUCCUGCCGAUGAUCAGAGCUGCAAUGCAGCUGGGGCCAAUAUCACUCCUUGCGAGCCCUUGGAGCCCCCCUGCAUGGAUGAAGAGCAAUGGCAGGUAUAACUUUGGAGGUAAGCUUUUGCCUCAGUAUCGCGGCUCCUGGUCUCAACACUUUGUGCGGUUUGCACGAGAGAUGGCCUCGCGUGGCGUUCCGCUUUGGGGCGUUUCUGUCCAGAAUGAGCCGGAGGCUGCCACUCCCUGGGAAUCCUGUCAGUGGACAGGCGAUGAAGAGGCAUCUUUCAUCCGCGACUUUCUGGGCCCUGCGGUGCGGCAAGCAGAGCUUGACCUAAAGAUCGUUGCGUGGGAUCACAACAGAGAUGGAAUGUUGCAGCGUGCAGCAUGCAUUUACAGCGAUCCAGAUGUCUCCGAGUACGUCUGGGGAAUUGGCUAUCACUGGUAUGGGGACCCACGCUUCGAGUGGUGGCCGGGACGUGCAGAGGUGAACUUCGAGGAUGCACUGCGGGUCCUCGCCGCAGAGAGGAAGCUUCCGGUGCCGGUGAUGAAGGUCUUGGCGGGCUCGAAGCACCUGGAAGGCGCUAUGCACUUUCCGGAGCUUCGUGGCCGGCUUUGCCUGGACAGCAUUCGGCAGACAGCAGAGCUGAGGCCCGACAAGCAUCUGCUCUUCACGGAGGGCUGCCAAGAGCUUGGGGGGAGAAGCUUAAGCUCCAUGCUGGAAAGUUGGAAAACGGGGGAGCGCUAUGGCAUGAACAUCAUUGCGGACCUCAACUCCGGUUGCGAGGGCUGGAUCGACUGGAAUCUGUGCUUGGACGAGCUGGGCGGCCCCAACCACGCGGGGAACUUCUGCCUCGCUCCCAUCAUCUGUGAUACGCGAACAGACGAAGUCCUGCUGCAGCCUGCGUACUGGUUUCUGGGCCACUUUGCCAGGUACAUUCGGCCUGGGGCUCGACGCGUGCUUUGCAGCUCGAGCCGAGAUCUCCUGGAAUGCACAGCAUGGCGCAAUUUGGAUGACACCCUUUCGAUUGUGGUGAUGAAUCAGUCGGAGAGCAGCCUGGAGUUCACGCUGAGGAUUGCUGGCUCGGGUGCCAUCAUGACAGAGGACGUCGCUUCUGCGGCCAUACCACCCCCCAGCGGAGUUGCGCUUGUGCCCUGA